UCUCUAUUUGCAACAUGUAUUUGAGGAGGCUGUAUAGCGUAUAUUUAUUACUUACUUUGGUCACAUUAACAAGAGAAAAUGUCAUAAAAUCUCGAGCAUGGAGAGGGGGGAACCACAAAAGUGUUGGCAAUGCAAAAGCCGGUAUAGUAAGUGAAGAAGAUAAAUACAAAAGCGUCUUCAAAGCUAGAGCCGCGGAUGUAUCGGGUGGUAUCGACAGAGAUCAGUACAAAACUAUUUUUAAAGCAAAAGCCGCAGAUGUAUCGGAUGAUAUUGAUAGAGAUCAGUACAAAACUGCUUUCAAAGCAAAAGGCGCAGAUGUAUCGGAUGAUAUUGAUAGAGAUCAGUACAAAACUGUUUUUAAAGCAAAAGGCGCAGAUGUAUCGGAUGAUAUUGAUAGAGAUCAGUACAAAACUGUUUUUAAAGCAAAAGGCGCAGAUGUAUCGGAUGAUAUUGAUAGAGAUCAGUACAAAACUGUUUUUAAAGCAAAAGGCGCAGAUGUAUCGGAUUAUAUUGAUAGAGAUCAGUACAAAACUGUUUUUAAAGGAAAAGGAGCAGAUGUAUCGGAUGAUAUUGACAGAGAUAAGUUCAAAACCUUAUUCAAAGCAAAAGCCAAAGUUUUAACCGAUACAAGCGAUGAAGCUACCUCUCACGACGACUAUUAUAGUGACUGUGACUACAGUGAUGUUAAAAAGACGAAGAAAUGUGAAGAAGUAAUUGACAACUACAAUGAACGUUUAAGCGGAAAAGCUGCAAACGAUUCAAGGCCUCUACAAGCAGGUUGCUAG